AUGGGGAACAAUUGUCCUGAAACCCAGGAAGAUGCUGCAUUCAUCAACAACGGGUUUCGCCAACAACAACAGCAAGGUAAUGGGUGGAACAACCAAAAUCGCCCCCAAGGUAAUUCCUCAUUUAACUCAGGCUUUAGUUCUUCCCAGCCUUUGCUUAAAGAUCUUGUUCUUGGUCAGGCCAAGAUAAAUGAAAACCUUGUUAAAAAGCUUUCCUUUAAUGACAAAAUGUUUGAAAACCUAAACACCAAGCUUGAUAGCCUGACCACCUCGUUUAAAGAACAAGCGUCUUUCAAUAAAAGAGUAAUGUCUCAGAUAGAUCAGCUUGCUUCUGCUGCUAAGUCUGCUGCCGGUGUUGAAAAUGUUAGUUCGGUGACCACGAGAGGGGGUAAGACCACUCGUGAUCCACCAAACCCUAACCAUGGUACAGCUAAGACUCCGCGUCAACAAGAACAAACAUCUACUGAGCCGGUUGAUCCUCAAGACGAAUCAUCUGAUCAGGAACCGACUCUAGAAGUUUAUGGGGACACCACGAUGCUUCCUUUCCCCACCAGGUGGAGGAAGAAGAAGAAGGACGGAGAAGAGCAAUUUCUCUGCUUCGUGGAAAUGGUCGAGAAGACAAACGUCAGCGUCCCGCUGAUGGAUGUCUUGCACAUACCAUCCUAUGCUAUGUUUAUCGAGGAUAUCAUCAACAACAAGCGACCAUUACCCUCUGUAGAAGUCGUCAAGCUGACAGAAGAGUGUAGUGCAGCUAUACUCAACCAUCUACCUGAGAAGAAGCAAGAUCCUGGGUGCCCCACAAUUACAUGCUCAAUAGGCACCCAACAUUUUGAUCAUGCCUUAUGUGAUCUUGGGGCGAGUGUGAGCGUCAUGCCGAAAUCAGUCUUUGAUAGGCUAAACUUCACCAACUUGGAACCAACCAACAUGACACUCCAGUUAGCGGACUCGUCAAUUCGGUACCUAGCAGGGAUUGCCCAAGACAUCCCUGUCAGGAUCAGAGGAUAUUAUGUCCCCAUGGAUUUUGUGGUGUUAAAUAUGGAACUCACCAAGGAGACACCACUAAUCCUGGGAAGGCCAUUGUUGAGCACGACAAAAGCACAAAUUGAUGUGGGAGCCGGAGAAAUCCGCUUCAACAUUAAUGGCCAAGAAGAGAAGUUCGAAUUCAGGCCACACCGUCCAACCAUCUCCUCCCAAGACGGAUGA